AUGACCUCAGUCUGCGCCAGAACCCGAGAUGCCGCACCUCGCAACGCACAACUCCUCCAAACACUAGACGAAACCAACCACGCACCCUCAGCUCUCGAAUCCAACCAAUCUUACGUUGCCCGUCUUCGAUUACAAAUCCACCAGAAAAAACAGGAACUAGAACAGGCUUCGAAGAUCGUCGAGAGCGAGUUGGCCGAUUAUGAGCAGUACGAACACUCCCAAAUCAGGCGACUAGCCUACAAAGUUGACCAAAAAGAACAAAUCUUCGACGAGAAAACAGAGAAAGAGAAGAGAGAAUGGGAAGAAGCUCUAAAAUACCACGACGAAAUAAAAUACAAUCUUGGGAAGAUGCUUGACACGUUAGACAAUGCGGUGAAGCUUAACCUGACUUUCAAACAAGAAGCGGCUGCCAACGCUGUGGCGAAAAAGGAUCUGGAUGAAUUGUAUAAAUCGAUAUUCUCAGGACAAACUCCAGAGCUUCCGGGAGAAGACAAGAAAGAGCAGCUUGUAACCGAGGCAGAGACCAGUUUCAACGCGGUGCAGUCACGAAUGAGUACCGAAAAUGAAGCUUUGAAAGCUCUUAAGGAUGCUGAGAGGUUUCUCGCCCUAGCUUUGAAUAAUCUCUCUUCUGCAAAACACCCUGUCGUUUCUGAUUUCUGGAAUUACGGUUCUUUUGCAGACAUGUCGAAGGACUCUAAACUCGGCAAUGCACGCAGGAAUAUAUCAGAAGUCAAGAAUCUUAUCGCGAUGGCACAGGAGAUCCAGCCUUUUAUUCGGAGCAUUGAACAGCUUGAUGCGCCAGAGUUGCGUUUUAUGGGGGAGUUGGUGUUUAGUCACUCGGAAAAUGGUGUAAAACUCGGAUCCAGGAUGCGCUGAAGCUGUUGAAGCAAGCAACAGAGAUUUUGGAAAUCGAGCUGGAUGGGGAGAAUUCAAGGGUUAAGGCGAUAGAGAAAGAAUUAAGUCGGGCGAAGAAGAUAUUACAGGAGAGGAGAAAGGAGUUGCAGGAUUUUAGACAGAAGACUUUUGAGAAGUUUACGCGUGUGCAUGAACUAGGAUGA